UCCCCUCCCUCGUUUUGUUUAUCAUAGACGAUUUUAUCGAUGAACCUGAAAUAGACAUGGCUUGCCACUUGAGAUUAUUUCCCUUUACUCAACUACUAGUAUUGGUUCUGUACAAAAUCGCCGCCGUAGGGGCAGAUCCUGCAAACGCAGAACUAUCCACAAAGAUCACCCAACACUCUCCAUUGUACAACCCACAGCCUCAAGACUUUCCAAACGAGGAGCUCUACCGCAACUAUCUAGUCAUCCAGCGGUUCAAGAAGACAAUCACUUCCGACCCCAAGAACAUCACCGCCACCUGGACCGGCCAUGACAUCUGCGGCAACACGACCUACCUCGGUUUCUACUGUGCAGCAUUGCCUGGGCGUACUAAGAAGCCCACGGUCACUGUGGUGAUCUUUAACGGUUAUGGCCUGCGUGCACCGAAGCUGGAAGGAUUUAUUGACCAUCUCCCCGAUCUUGCACUUUUCCAUGCUGCCUCCAACGACUUCGGUGGUGACAUCCCCUACCUCACAGGCCUCGCCUACAACUACAAGAUCAAUGUCGACAGCAAUCUCCAAAUACAGGAUGAUUUUAGUCGUGACAUGGUCGGGUCGCAUGUAACAACUAAAGUUCAUGGUUAUUGCGUUAAUUUAGAUCUAGAUAUCACAUUUCACCUCCGGCCCGGAAAAGACGACAAGAAAGGACGAAGCAUCCCCGGUGCCACAGAUUCUAAGGCGCUCCUCCUCAACUACAAUCACCUGUCCGGGCCAUUACCGGUGAACAUCGGUUUCUCCAAGUUAAGCUACCUGGCCCUCGCCAACAACAGGCUCACCGGCGCAAUCCCGCCAUCAAUCUUGCAUUUGCAAGACUCCCUCCUCGAGGUGCUCCUCCUGAACAACCAGCUCUCCGGCUGCCUCCCCCACGAGCUCGGCAUGCUCACCAAGGCCGCAGUGUUCGACGCCGGCAUGAACCAGCUCACCGGGCCGAUCCCCUCCUCUUUCUCAUGCCUCACCAGCGUCGAGCAGCUCAACCUGGGCGGCAACCGCCUCUACGGAGAGAUCCCCGACGCGCUCUGCAAGCUCGCCGCCGUCCCAGCCGGCCGCCUCGCCAACCUCACGCUGUCGAGCAACUACUUCACGUCGGUCGGACCGGCGUGCUUGUCGCUGAUCAAGGACGGCGUCCUCAACGUCAGGAACAACUGCAUUCCGGGCUUCGCCAACCAGCGGCGGCCGGCGGAGUGCGCGUCGUUCCACAGCCAGCCGAAGGCGUGCCCGGCGGCGAGCGCCACCCACGUGGCGUGCCCCGCCGGAGCUGCCAACGCUGCGGCGGCGCCGGCGGACAGGGUGGUCAAGGACUACUCCAGCUACGUGACGUACGCCACCCUGCACGAGUGAGCCCGGCGCCACGGCACGGGCGCACGACGUGCGUGCAUGCAUGCAGUAGGGGACAGCUAGAAGCUAGCGUCUCGGGGUGGUAUUUGCUCUUGUAUUCUUGUGUUCGUUUGUUGUGCUCGUGAGUCGUCAUUGUGGUUUGUUUUCUCUGCACGUGUGGCUAGCUAUGGCUGUCACGUCUAGAUCUCACCUCCUGUACUCUUGUGUACUGUACUAUGUGAAAAUCAUUGGUGAUUACUAAAGUUUGGUGUGUGCCCUGCCCUA